UCGCCUUGUUCGAUCAAACGUCAUUUGAAGUUGAACGAAUCUCGUGUGAGGAAGUGCUUGUACGGCGUGAUUUUUGCUGUGCUCGUUUUCUGUGCUCGUGAAUACUGCAAACUAGUGCUCCUAAAAGUUUUCUAAUUUGUUAUUAACACUCUAUAAACAAUAAGAAAGACGAGGCAAGAUGGUGAAAGAAACAACGUACUAUGACAUACUGGGUGUAAAACCCAACUGCACCACAGAUGAAUUAAAAAAGGCUUAUAGAAAACUGGCUCUCAAAUACCACCCAGACAAAAACCCAAAUGAAGGAGAAAGAUUUAAACAGAUUUCACAAGCCUAUGAAGUAUUGUCUAAUCCAGACAAGAGACGCAUUUAUGACCAAGGUGGGGAACAAGCAUUGAAAGAGGGAGGAGUUGGAGCAAGCGGCUUCUCCUCACCCAUGGACUUGUUUGACAUGUUCUUUGGCGGUGGAUUCAGCGGUGGUCGUCGACGUGGUCGUGAACGCAAGGGCAAGGAUGUUAUUCACCAACUGUCUGUAACACUUGAAGAGCUAUACCGUGGAGCUGUAAGGAAACUGGCAUUGCAGAAGAAUGUCAUUUGUGAGAAAUGUGAGGGACGUGGUGGCAAAAAGGGUGCAGUACAGACUUGCCCCACUUGUCGUGGUACAGGCAUGCAGGUUCAAAUUCAGCAAUUGGCACCUGGUAUGAUCCACCAAAUACAGACAGUCUGUAGUGAAUGCCGUGGACAGAGGGAGAUUAUUGAUCCUAAAGAUCGCUGCAAAGUUUGUCAGGGACGUAAGACUGUGCGGGACCGCAAAAUUCUUGAAGUCCAUGUUGACAAGGGUAUGACUGAUGGCCAGAAGAUUGUCUUCAGUGGAGAGGGUGAUCAAGAACCAGAGCUUGAGCCUGGUGAUCUUGUUAUAGUUUUAGAUGAGAAGGAGCAUGAAAUUUUCAAACGCUCUGGUAAUGAUCUCAUUAUCCGGUUGAACAUUGAACUUGUUGAGGCACUGUGUGGCUUCCAGAAAGUCAUCCGGACCCUAGAUGACAGGGAUAUUGUGAUAACUGUACUUCCUGGUGAAGUUACUAAGCAUGGGGAUGUUAAGUGUGUGUUGAAUGAAGGUAUGCCAAUGUACAAGAAUCCAUUUGAAAAGGGCCAGCUUAUCAUCCAGUUCCUGGUCAACUUCCCUGCUCGCAUUCCACCUGAAGUCAUUCCUGCUCUUGAGAACUGCCUCCCAUCACGCCCAAGGAUUGAAAUUCCUGAACUGGCUGAAGAGUGUCAGUUGAUUGACUUAGACCCAGAACAAGAGUCGCGCCGGCGACGCGCACACCAAGGCAAUGCUUACGAGGAAGAUGACGAACAUCCUGGUAUGAACAGAGUACAAUGCGCUACUAGCUAAGACGUCGCCGCAUACCCGCCAAACAACCGCCAGCGAUGGACCUAAUCCAACUAAAGUACUACUAAUUGAAAUAUUAAUAGCAAUAAAAUUAUGUCAUACAUAUUGAUGGAAAAUUUAUUGAUAUGGAUUCUACAAACUAAUAUUGAGUAGUUUGUAUGCAUUAUCUCGCAUUGUAACAUUGAGAUUAUGUACCUUAAUAUUUUAUUUACUAACCUUUUUUGUAAGUAGUUAAAUUAAAUUUAUCAAUCCAACAUUUUAUUUAAACGUAAUUCACAUGUAAAGUCAAUCCAUUGUAUGUAACUCAUUAAUUAUGAUGCUAUUUGUAUUUCAUGAAGUGUAAGGCAAUACUAGCUUAAUUAUUAAAUUAUAAUAUGUGACUGGCUACUAGUUUUUCAAUUUAUAUCAUAUUGUAAACAUCACAUUCUACUGCUACUGCUUAUCCUGUCCUUGAAGACGCUAAUGUAACAUUGAGUGAGCAAAGCAUUUAGGUUUAAAUUUUACCUGCUUUUCCCAAACCUGGCAUUAUUUAUGUAAUUUUAAGUUAAACUUCUUAGUCUCAAUGUAGGUCCAUUGUUCAAGGUGAAUAAUUAAUUUGGUGAAGUAACAAUCUUUACUGUGAUUUAGUUUUCUAUCAACAUACCUCUUUUAGACUCAAUUUAUCUAUAUCUAUUCAGAACCUUAGUAUUUAACAACCAUCAAGGCAUGUUAGCAAAUAUUGAUUUCAUAAAGUUGUAUUUUUUGUUUUAACAUAUUCAGUGCUUAUACAAUUGAAUUCAUAGCUUGUAAUCAAAGCUUUGUACCACCAGAACUAUUUUACGAUUUACAUGCUUGUAAAAUGUGCAUGAAUUCAGAAGUUCUCUAGUAAAAUACCAAUAGCGUAGUAAUUGAACAAUUACUAGGUUUUUUUUUACGCACGCAAUUCCAUUAAAUAUUGUAGGCAAUAUUUUCGAAGAUUCUCUAAUUUCAAGGCACUGGAAAUGUUAGACGCUUUAUUUUAUGACUAUCUACUAUUUAUGUUUAAAUUAAACAUAAUAACGUUUUAUUUAAAGUAUAACUAAAUGCACUGUAUGCUAGUUUAAGGUGUUGUAUGGGAACAUACCAUAAUAUAGGCCUGUGAUUCGUAAUGAUUUGUGGUUGAAUGGUUUAUGGCUUGUCAUUUUAUUCUCAUAAAAAUAGCUGAAGUUUAGUUUAUAAAUAAAGAUUUUGUCUCAAA